CGAGUUGUUACUUGUGUUACCAUGCUUGUGUUAUAGUGUACUAGAAUUCACUAUACUUCUGUGUGGCUGUGUUGUUCGUGUUGAUAGUGGCUAGUUUUGAAAUCGGUUAGCGUAUGAGAGCGGCCAGUCGAUCGUAAGUGCGAGAAGAAAGUACAGCGCAUGGGUCAGGGGCUUCAUUCUUAUCGCCAGCUUGUUCUUUAUCGACGCCAACGUAACGCACAAGAUGACGGACGUUCGAGUUUCGUUACGCAAGAUCGAGUUUCCGACCGUCGUCUACGAGGCGCUACGCCAGAUUCAAAAGCUGCUGGCCAACGAGGGCCGCAGUCCGACGUACGCCCACGUAGCCAAGGAGAUAGCGGAGGAGUUCGUCUUCCAGGACUACGACCAGCGGCGAAUGGCACCUCACGCGUCGUCUCAGCGGCGGGCGCGCCCGCGCAAGUUGUCCGCCAUCCGUGAGCUACAGAUAAUCGAGAUAAUCGCGACCUCCUUCCAGAACGCCAAGUCGGACAUGUGCCAGAAGGUGUUCUUCAUACUGUUCCCUUCGGCUGACGCGAGCGUGAUGGAGUCGCGCGUUCUCCUUCUCUCGCGCCUCGUCUCGCUCUCCAUCGCCCUCAAGAACCACAACGUGUUGAACUGCGUCGGAUUCUGGAUGCACGUGUGCGGCUGCACCUCGGAGCCGUCGCUGCACAUAGUGCGUCACGUGGUGGGUGACUACCUGAGCUUGAUCCCAAGUUCGGCCGAGAUGCUUAAGGAGCUGGCCAACAUAUCGCCCCUGUUCUGCGCUAGCCUCGCCACCUCCCUGACGCAUAUGACACCCACAAACCCGUCCCGCGAAGUGGUAGACCUCCUGGCCUCCUGGGUGCGCGCCCAGCCGCUCCUCUGCUUCACCCCCAUGGAAGCCAUCCCACCGCACCUGUACACCCAGUGUUUGCAGACCUUCAUCCCCGGUCUCGUGGCGUGGUGCGUCUUGGCGCCGUUGGGCAAAGUGGACUCCCGUCCCGAAGACGCCGAACUCUACUCGUACCUCCACUAUGCGUUGCUAGAGAUGCUCAUCCGCGCCGGUCAGGUGACUCCGCGCGCCCCCAUAGUGUUUCCCUUCUUGCCGAGCCACUAUGUAGUGCACGUGGCCGAGACGCUGAAGCGAAGCCUCACCACGGCCUCGCCUCACGGGGCCGAAUUGGCCCUGAACAGACUCGGUCAGGUGCUGCAGGCCGCGUUUGCGUCCAAGUGUGUUCACGGUAACCUGGACGCCAUGUUUCAGACGCUUCGACAGUUGCCGCCCAACAGGCUUCUCAAGAUUGUGCUGACCCGUUGGGAAGUUAAAAAGUACUGAACGGGCCUCACCCAGAAAGAUGGAAAGGAAGUGUGGGUAGCGCAGGAGAGACACAAGACAGGUGCUGCCUUAUCAGUCUCUUGUUUCUUUGCCUCCUGCAUAGUUCAAGUAGCCCAAUCACACCUUGCUUUAGUUGGUAUGGCUCCAUAGGUAAAGGACAGCACCAUGAGACCAGCACCGUUCAUGGACUUGCCCACAGAGGGCACUCUUCUUGUGGCUUUCUCUCCCCGUGUCUUGUCAUCUCAGUGUCCAUUACCUAUAGUUUUCAAUGUUGCUGAUAUGAAUGCAGCAUGACUUAAGCAUGUGAAGAUACUUGCUGUGAAAAAAUAAUGAUCUCUCCUGAUUUUCUUGCGAAAUCACGUACACUUGCUCAUCUUGCUAGGAUUAUUUCGUGGCUGUCUUUUGCCGAGUCUUCUGGGAAGCACUAUUUGUCAUCAAGUGCAACACCGGUGUGGUAAUCUAUCUGCUACUAUAAGUUUUCUUUGUCCAUGCUCCAGUUAGAUAAUAUGAGUCGUCUAGAUAGGAACUGUGGCUGAUCAACAUCUUAUUGCUCCUUUUUAAUUUUUUUCUCCUGCAAAGUGGACGGAAUGAAACCAUUUGCAAUUGGAAAUUUCAUCCCUGUCGAAUAAUGUCAAGUGAAUCGGGCAGAAGACCUGUGAAAGUUGCCUGGGCUAUCCUGAUUUUAAGCACAAUGCAGCGGUUUUGACUUCUGGUAGUUGCUGCCACCUGAAGUGGUGUUUCAUUGAAAUACUUCUGUGUAUUGCGGUCUUUGUUUGCAUUAAAAUAAAAGUCGCAUGUGGUUGAGACUAAACAUAG